AUGCUCACGCUUAGUCCUGGUUCGGUUUGCGAUGUGUGCGCAGAAGAGUACAAUCCGCAUUGUGUUCCUAAUUCCAUUCCAUGCGGUCACAUUUUCUGCUGGAGUUGCUGUAAUAAAAUUGUACAAAAGACAUCGCCUCGUCUCCGAGCUGCCUGCCCUUUCUGUUCCGAGCAUUUCAUUGGUGGUGAUGUGCAUUUGCUACACAUAAACUUUCCAGGAAGCGGACGGGAUACUCCUCGGUGGCGAGGUGACCUCAACGAGGCUCUUCACCGCCGUUCCCCAUCACGAGAGGAAGAUCUGUCUCCCUCAGUCGAGCCGAGUUUCUUGCGUAUACGCGUAGAGGCUCGUAGAUUGGAGGAUAAGGUGGCCAAGGUAGUCGCAAGAGAAUGUUCAGUGGAAGAAGUUUCGACUCUUUACAAGGAGGUAGAAGAGUGGUUGACUAAUGGCGAAUAUUCCAAUGUCCAGUCAUAUUCAUUAUCAUCGAGUGCUGUGCUGCUUAGGACCAUUUCGAUGAAUCACAUCGCUCGUUUGGAAGCUACGAAAACGGCAAAGGGAGUUGAGGCCAUCCUAAAAGGGAAGCUAGACGACAUGGAACUGAAGGUCAGCAAGUUAGAAACCGACCUAAAGCAGUACCAAGCACUCUAUACCCAAAAAGUGCAAGAGUGCCAAGCUCUUCGAGCAGAGCUUACCCGUUGUACCCUUAAGUCCGCUCACUCUCGGGCUGCAAAUUUACCUGCCCGCCCCAGCACUGCCGCUUCAACUAGAUCAAGUGAACGUCACCAAACAGUUUCUUCAUUUGCAGCAUCCUCGUGCAAAGAACCAGCUAUCCCCCCCAUGCUGCCGCGCUUCGCAUCUCUUCGUUCUCGAAGUGCCUCCGCUUCUGCUGCUGGACUCCAAAAACCAACGACCCCCACACGCACGACGGCACCAUCAAUUAGGUCUCAGACUUCAACGAAAGCGUCGAUGCUGUCGUCUCGCUUACGUGCUACGUCCCCAAUUCCCCUCUCAAGACCACGGACUAUCUCCGUAUCACCCUCAAGACAGUCUACGAUGCCCCCUCAAAUUAUCAAUCGACCAAGCUCCGAUGACCAGGAGAGGCCACGAGAAAUGAUUUACGAACGAUGGUUGCCGGCGCCAGACGUGACGUACACCCUGCCAACAGGUAAAACCACCCACCACCCAAAGGCCGCUGCGACGUUACCUCAAACGACCACACCCAUUCAGCCAGAUGAUGGCGUGUGGGGGCUGGACGACGAGUGGGAGUCAGAUGAGGACGAGUGGGAGUCAGAUGAGAACGAGUUGGAGCUAGAUGAGGACGGGUCUGAGCUAGAUGAGGAUGGGUCUGAGUCAGAUGAGGAUAGGCGGAGGCAAGAACCGAUUUACGAACGUUGGAUACCAUCAUCAGAUGCAAUGGCCAACCCACCGACAGGCAAACCUGUCAACUAUGCACCCAACUUUGCUUCGUUCCCACCUCCUGGUCGUGCUCGCACAUCGUUCUCGACAAACGGUGCCACCAAGUUGCCUCAAACAGUCACUCCUGUUCAGCAAGAUGGGGACGGGUGGGAGCGAGGACGGUUUCGCGAACGUCGGAUGCCACCACCAAACACAUCCAACGAACGGACAGGUAAAACUGUCAACUAUUCAUCCUACUUUGGUUGGUCCCCAGCUCCUAGCCUUGCCCGCCCCUCGUUCUCGACAUACGCCGCCGCGGUAUCAUCUCAAAAAAUCACUCCUAUUCCUCCUGAUAGGCAUGAGAGGGGGAGAAAAGAGAUUCACAGACGUUGGAUGCCGCCACCGAACGUACCAUCCAAUUCAUCGACCACUGUCCAACCAAGUCUGGUUCGUUCUCAGCUCCCAGCCGCACUCGCUUCUAAGAUCAAACAACAUCCAAACCGCCAGUCCACUUAAGCAAGAGGUCUUCCAUGAUCGGAAGUCAGAUUCCAGGUACACAUUUGACACCCCCGAUCCACACGUUCAACUUCCGCAGUUCAUGACAUUCG